AAGAUUCUAGUUGGUGCAGAAACGUCAGAGAGCCGAAGGUUAUAUAAGUGGUGCAAUUUCGUUCAGAAAGAAGUCUAUGACCCUGGACAAUAACGCCUUCGAACUACACUCCUGCAAACUUAAAGCGGGUAGCACCAAAUUAAGGAUGAAAGCUCUGCAGGAUUACUGGAAACACGCACUGUUUCUUGGAUGUUUGGGAACAUUGUGUAUAGCGAUUUCUGUUUUAAUCCAUCGUGGAAUACAUGGGAGGUAUGGAAUAGGAUUCCAGGGACUGAGCCUCGUCUGUUUAGGAUUGCUUCCUUUGGUUGUGUUAUUUGUUUUACGUCAAAGGCAAGUAACACUUUGGUGGUGUCCGUCAAGCACUGUAUCUCUGUUACUUUCAACAUGUUUAGUUUUAUAUUAUCUUACAAGUAAUGGCCUUUGGUGCGCGCAGCAUCCAAACGUGACACAAGAAUUGUGUGCAAAACUUGUUCAGUUUGCGUCGUUUGCGACAUCUUCAAACGUGACCUCAUGGUGGUUAACUCUGGGCGACCUUUUAGCCGUGCAACGCGGCCGUGACAUGCCAAUCCCAUGGGAGCACGACAUCGAUGUUUGUAUCACAGCUGAUCAAUUUCCAGCGUUUGAAGAAGCCCUCAGGUCGCAUACUGGUCAUUUCCAACCUGAGGCAGAGUGUCUUAAGCAGGGGCACUGGUAUCUACCGAUUGACAUGUUGAAACAUGGGCUGACAACUAGAGAAGCAGAAGGUGUAAAUGUGGACAUUUGGACUUGCCCACAACUUUCUGGAAACAUAACGCGUGUGUUGUAUUGUAAUGGCUUAAUGAAUGUCCCUGGCUCUCUUGAGGAUAGACAUGCUAUAUUGACAAAACAUUAUGGAAAUUACUUUAUAGUCAAAUACGCACACCACGAUGUAAUGUGCAGAAUUUGGAAUGGCUGAAAAUUUGAUUUAUUGUCUAUUUACUGUAAGUGUUUUUUUUUUCUUUUUUCAUUUCUUAACAUGUUAUUAAAAUGCUCUCUGAGAUUCCUUUCAUGCAUUUUUUAGAAUAGUUUCUGUCAGCUUAAUUGGUUCCAUGAAGACAUGAUUGAUCAUCGCUGUCUUAUACACAACUUAAGCAGUUGUGAAAUUAAAGCCUGAAAAAAAUUCAGGCCUGAACGGUAUUCAUACCCACACCCAUGACCUCUGCGAUACUGCUGCAGUGCUCUACCAACUAACCAGCAAGCAAGCCAACUAGGAGCUGGUCACAUGGUGAGUUCCAGGAGGCAGGGGGUGACUCUAUUGUUUUCCAGUAUUGAUUCGUGACCGACUAAUCGCUACUAGCGUGACGUCACCUAGCAACGAGUGAGCACUUCAAGUAGUCUAUUCACAUUACACCAUUGAAGAAGGGCAACAGAGGUUAAGAAAGACAAAAAAAAAACAGGCCUAAGAUCACUUUUGUUCACUAACUAAUUGUAGGUGUGUACAAUUUGUUGUUGCUUUUGUCUGUGUGCAUUAUAUCUGUUUUAGUUUUGUGCCCGCGUAAUGGUGUAUUCUUGUUGAAUUUUGUUGUGGGUAAGUGGAGGGACCACCAUCUUGAGAACGAGACAAGAGAAGUCAAGGUAAAACAUUUGCAUUUUCUCUCUUAAAUGUCUCACCAAUAGUCUUGUUAAUAGGAGUUUUUAGUUUCUUUCACAGGACCCCUCUGAUAACAGUGUUGAAUACACUGAUCCAUGGGUCAUCCUGUUUAAAUAUUGGUUGUUGUUGUUGUUGUUGUUAUUAUUAUUAUUAUGCAUGAUAAUAUAUGUUUAAUCCACGUGUCUUUCUGUGUUGAUUGAAUCAGCCGUUCCUCUCAUCAAUCUGUUUUCAGAGUGUUGGGAUGUUGUUUAUUUCUUGAUUUCCACCAAAAUUUCCCUGCAGUGUGAUCGGUUUUGUUUGUUUUGGAGCACCUUUGAUAGUAGUUAUCAGGCCUUUGAAUUCAAUUCUUUGUGUUUCAACUUCAUUUGCCUUUUGUGUUUUAAUUGUGUCCGCUAUAUGGUGAAAUUUAUUGGCUUUAAUCUUACAGCAGCUUUCUUUGCUCCAGGCUUUUGUUUUAUUAUUAUUUUGUUUCAUUAUUAUUGAAGGUUUGUAAACAUAUUUACAGACUGGUCUAUUUUUAGGCUUCUUUUCCCGCGACAUAGGUCAGUUCCGGUCUUCAUGAGCAUGCAUCCGUAAGAAAAAAAAAUGGCUGUUUGUCUUUUUAAUCUUCCGAUGAAACGAUGACAUCAGUUAAAAAUUAAGUCCGUGCUUGUGAUUGGCCACUGAGGUUCCUGUAAUGUCUGAUUGUCUUUGCUGGCUUUUUUCAUGUCUAGUUAAUAAUAAUAAUAGUAACAAAUAUUUAUAUGGGAUAGCCCUUCAGUGUAAGAGUACUGUUAUCAAAGGGGUCCUGUCUAGAUAACAUAAGGAUAAAAACUAAAAUAAGAUAAGAAUGACUUCAAACUUAUUAACUACACUAUACAAAAAUUUGAUCUAAAGACUCCCUAAAUAGUACCCUACUGCUAAUUUGCUUGAUUUUUAAAGGUAAAGAAUUAAAAGCUGAAGCACCCAAAAGGUAAAAACUUUUCUGAGCAAAGUCAAGUAAUUUCACUUCGUCAGAGCAAUGGUGGUCCUUCUGUAGGACUUAUUGCUGUUCACUGCAAUUGCAGUGUCAGUGUUGUGGUUUUCAAAUUUACAACAAAGUUCAAAUUAGAGUUAGCCUGAGUAAGCUGUUUUAGGUUUUCUGUUUGUCACUAACAUCUUGGUGUACAAUUUUGGUGUAAAAUAUAGCAUUUAAAUAAUUACAUUUACGGUGACAACAAUUUUGCUUUAUGAUUUAUCUUUUGUCAUAACCUGAUGACUUGGCUUAUUCCUGAACAAUGCCAUACCUUGAAUGUUGCUGUAGCCAGAGUAUUCCAGGUUCUCAGUCAGUGGGUAUGAUCGCAAAAAGCAGCUGGGCGACAAGCAACAAGUGGGGUCUGGUAGAGAAAGAGACCGAGAACCUGGAAAGGGUUAAUUAUGCUGCAACUGUCCUGCAUUGCCAUGUUGUAAUGGCUCCUAUUUCUUAAGCCUCCAAGACUUUCAAGGCUGUGUUGUAGUCUUUUCAUCCCUAGUUAAAUUCCCAUCAUAUUCCAACUAAAAAGCAACCUUCCGCUAAAUGUCACUAAAUAGAUAUUGCUGCAUAGCAUUCAAAAUAAAUGACAGCAACUGCUAAGAAAUGUAUUAGAGUGCUGAAAUGCUGUAAAAACAAUCAGACAUUUAUUCUUAUUAGUUAUAUUUAUUAAUUUAAACAAGUUUUAUGCCUACAUGUAUUAGCUCUUUUUAUUUAUUCUACUUUUAUAAUCAUAUCCUGCCCUUCACAGGUCCACAUCAGCCUAUAGUUUCAAUUAUGACUAUAUGUACCAUUUAGUCCAUCAAAUAAUUGUGCUUGCACCGCAUCUUUGUCUAAUUGCAUCAUGCCAUUAAAUGCUUCAGCUACAACUGAAAUAUUCCCCAGUGGAGCGGUAUUCCCCAAUUUUCAAAUUUUCAAGCAGAUUCCGUGUAUUGCUGAAAAUAUUUGAAGGAUCAUAAGCACAAUAGUGGCUCCAUUUGACUUGAAAAAUAUGCUUGGAUAUCUGUUCUUGGACAUUAUCUGUUCCUAUCUUCUCGACAGAACAGAUAAUGUCCACAGAAAAAUAUUAUAUAAAUAUGCCAUUUUUUUGGCACCAAAUGAAGGCUACUUUUCAUAAAACCUGCAUUACCAAAUAAAGGAAUGAUUGAUUGACUGAGUCAGUUUUUCCCUCAGACACUGGAGGUCCAUAAGUUUCAUUCUCCUUCAGUGUGCUUAGCAACUACACUCUCAUUCUGUUCAUAUCUUGCCAUAUAUGCCCUGCCUGAUCCAUCGUUAUUGGUUUCAUUUGUGGUUAGUGUGAUAGCAGUCAGCACUGAAAACCUUGAUGCAUGUUAGCUCCAGAGAAUUUCCCCUAUUUUGUUCUGUUUUGUGUCUUCAUUGGUCGAUGUUCAGUUAUCCUUGUGUAAAAAUGGUUGAAUUUCACCACUUUAGCUUUCUUUUCUGUAUCAGGUAUUUAAGUCAACGAGGUUGGUGGUAUCUAUUGUAGUUGCUGAUAUAACAGAAAAGUCACAUUUUUUACCUUCACUCCAAGUGUAACUAUCAUAAAUUUGAGAUCUCAAAUUAAUUCCAAAUUAAACUUGUCAAUUGAUUUAAACUGGCAAUGAAGCUGUGGUAAGCCUUUGCAUGACUUUGUGCCUUUAAAGAAAAUAUCUUGAGCUGUCAUAAUCAAUGGGAGUUUAACUGGAGGAGUGGAAGGGUGCCUAAGGGGUGCAAAAAUGAAGCAGGAACUUGGAAAUUUGACAACAUGAUUGAACAUAUGAAAAAAAAAUUGUAGUUCUCAUAUGCAUGUCUUGACAGGUGAUGUAGAAAUUUUUAAAAAUCAAAACUAAGGUGGGUUUAAAAGUCCAUGCCAGUUUAUCAUCCAGGGGGCACAAGCCUUCAAAGGGUAAAUGUUCAUCAGAAUCCCUAAGUCAACAGGUCAACAGAUUCUGAUGGAUCUAUUAGGUUAAAAGCAUUCAUGGAUUUUUAAAAUAUCCAAUUCCAAACUAGAAAUCAGGGAAAAGCUAAUCACAGUUAGGCCGCUGGCCAGGAACUAUGUAUAAUAUUUGUUGCAAACGUAGCAAGCCUGUUCCUGGCAAUCCGAUUGUGGCAAGUGUCAAGAUUAAGAUUGCGAUAGUAGAAUAUCAAAAUAAGAAAAAAAAAUGUGCAGGGGACUUGACCCUGAAAAUAAAAAUCUAAGCACAUUUGCUAAUUUUAAAAGAAUGUGCGUAUUGACCAAUCACAUCAGAGACCAUGGACCGGUGUAGCUAGAGUACUAAAUAAAGAGUUCUGAUCAGUGAGUUAUUUUAGAUGGUUUCUGGCAAUGGCAGAGUAAUGAUCUCAAGAAAAGAUGUGAUUAUUUCAUCUCCCCUAAGUUAUCUCUGUCUAAUCUCUUACGUAGACUUGAAAACUAUGCAUCAAUUCCCUCUAGCCAGUUGUAACUAAUUGAUACUCAUAAAUGACAUUGAUGCAUGAGUAAUCAAUGGGUAAUCAACAAGUAAUCAACUGAGUAGUCAUUGAUUAUUGACGAUGAUCAAUGAGUAACCAAUGACUAAUGUGUGACCAAAAGUGUUGUGGCCUAUCGAUUAUUCAUCAGUUUCUCAUAUCUGUCAUUGAUUAUUCUUGAUUAGGUUAAGAUUAUUCUUCUUAGUCAUCCAUCACCUAUUGAUUACGUACUGGCCCAUUGUGUACACAUAUAUUAUUAUGCUAUUAUGAUUUUCCUGUAUUUUUCUUCAUUGUAGUCCAUUUUUCUGUUACAAAU